UCUCUCUCUCUCUUUCACACACACACACACACACACACACAACACACCCGGCGUGAAUCUCGGCAGCAGUGCUCGCGGUAUAAUAUGAGGCUGCAGUGAACGCGUGUGGGCCGUAAUGAGCGGGAAAAGCCUCUUGCUGAAGGUCAUUCUCCUGGGGGACGGUGGUGUGGGCAAGAGCUCCCUCAUGAACCGAUACGUGACGGACCGCUUCGACUCGCAGUCCUUCCACACCAUCGGCGUGGAGUUCCUCAACCGCGACCUGGAGAUGGACGGGCGGCUGGUCACCCUGCAGAUCUGGGACACGGCGGGCCAGGAGCGCUUCAAGAGCCUGCGCACGCCCUUCUACCGCGGCGCGGACUGCUGCCUGCUCACCUUCGCCGUGGACGACCUGCAGAGCUUCCAGAACCUGGGCUGCUGGAAGAAGGAGUUCAUGUAUUACUCAGACGUACGAGACCCCGAGCGCUUCCCCUUCGUGGUGCUGGGAAACAAGGUGGACAAGGAGGAGCGGGAGGUGGGCGAGGAUGAGGCCCGGGCCUGGUGUGAGGAGAACGGCUGCUGUCCGUACUUCGAGACCAGCGCCAAGGACGACACGAACGUGGGGGCCGCUUUCGAGGCUGCUGUCCGGGGUGUCCUAGCCAGCGAGGACCCCACUGACCACACCCUGCUGAGCAGCUCCAUCGACCUCCACGGGAACCGAAAAGUGGCUCGCUCGUCCUGCUGUUGAGAUGCCUCUGAGAGCAUCACAGCUGUGGAACUCUCUCUCUCUCUCUGUCUCUGUCUCGGUGUCUCUCUCUCUCUCUCUCUCUCUCUGUGUGUAGGUACAGAAGCCAGACGUGUCUCGUCUGUUACCAAACAGUAAAGGUAUUUUACACAUAUUUACACACAAUGAAAGCAGAUCUAGCCUCCUUCAGUUGUAAAUGGACCAUCUUACUAAAGAGCUAUUUUGCUGUGGUACUCAUUUUUGUUACUGGUAAUGUAAUAUUUAGUGCAUCCAGAAUAAAAGUGUAUUGUUUACGUAAUAUAUGUGUGUGUACAGUGUAUAUAUAAAUACACACAGUAUACAUUUAGAAAAUAUUUACAUGUAUAUACAUUUAUAUUCUCAUAAAUAUAUUUAAUUUAUACACAUAAUGUAAUUUUCUUAAAUAUAUCAUGCAUGUGUUUGUAUUUAUAUAUACAUAAUAAAUAUACACACUAUAUUAUGUAAAUGGGAACUUUUAUUUUGGAUGUGAUUCAUCGUUUGACAGCAUUAAUAAUGUUUGAGAGAAAGGGUACUGAAAGAAAUAACACAGUUGUCAUUUAUUUUGCAUUUAAGUUAUGAUUUUGGGUGAAAUAGGUCAGAGAACAUGUCCAGGUCAUAUUUCAGCUCGAAUUCAAAUAGAAAAAAAUAUUUAAUAAACAAUUAAACAUUUUAAAUAAAGAAAACAAAGCUUGUUUUUGACCGUGACAUUAUUUUCAGGGUAAUUAAACGCAUUUAAACACAAAUUGUUAUUAGCGUAAUGUGAGAAAAAACUCAUGAUGGUUAUUGUAAUAUUGAAACAACUAAGAAACGUCUUUCUCCUUUAUUUAAACUGUAAAUUAGCUGGUUUUAAUAAUUAUUAAAAAUAACUGAAGUUUGUUUAUUUUGGGUUGAAAUAUGACCAUGUCUUCACUAGAUUCACUGUAUUAUGGUACAUGCAGUAAAUGCAUUAAGCACAGCACUAUUUUCAGACAGAAAAGGGAAUUUUUCUAUUGUAGCAUUGAAAGAUUAAGAUUUUUCCCAUUAUUUUGUUCUUUUUUUGUGUACUGUAAGGUACAGGGAGUUACAGUAGAUGUGUUAGAUGUUAAACAAUGAUUUUGUUUCAGUUGUUAUAUCUGAGUUUCAUCCGUCUCAGCAAAUGGCUCAGGAAUCUGGCUUAGACAAAUGUACAGAUCAUUUUCUGAAAGCAUGUAAGAACAUUCAAAAAGCUCUGUCUACAUUUAAUGGACGUCCACAGCCGAUAACUGACUCCACGUUAGUCGUUUCCUCAUUUUCAGCCCAAUGUUGAUCUGAAACUAAAGCACAUGGUACCCAGUUAUCUUGCACUGACCUUUGACCCUGAUUCGAGGGCACUUGUAGGUACUUAUUUUACUUGUAUCUUUUAUAAUAUUGACUUAUUUUCUUGUGCUUUCCUUAGAAUAUGAAUGUUCUCGUUGCCUCUUCUAUACAUAGUGCUACAAGUCUCACAACGACUAGAGAGACCCAGAUCUGUGGUUUGGGCGGCUGAUGUUCUGAAACGUUUCUGUCUCUUACAUUAAUGCAUAACUUGUAGCCGUGUUUCUGUUUACAGACCUUCGCUUGCCUGCUGUCAAACAUGUAUGUUUGUUAUUCAUUGUGUGUAGUUGUUACUUUGUUUUUGUGGAUGGACACACUCACAUAUCUGCUUCACACACACACGUUCCCAGCGAUUAUUGGUACACUGUGAAAUGGAAAUAGAUGCAACACUGUGUUUCUCGUCCUCAAACUGCUGAACACGCGGGAGCGUAUUGACUGCUCAUAUUGGAAAAUCAGUAUUUGUCUCUUUACUGAUAGUGUUUUCCAGCAAACAUUCGCUUGAAGAAAUGUUACACUAACAUCAGAUGAUGUGUUAAAUCACAACAGGAUGCAGAAGUGCUACACAGAUAUCUGAUUAAUCUAUCAAAAGGUCAACUUGAUAAGCAAUCUGAAGCUUUAUAAUAAGCAGGUGAUUCUCACAAAGAAGUGUCCAGGUCAUAUUUCACCUCGAGAUCAGAGGAAGUUAUAAAAUGAACUGUUGAAAUGAAAUGUUUUAUGACAAUUAAGCACAUUUCCCCUCAUAAUUCCCAUUACCCUGGUACAGUAAUGAGAAUUGAAACACAAAGUUUCAUUAUACAUGCAUACAGAAAAAAAGUGUUUUUUUCUUUCAUGGAAAUUUCACCUGGAUGUUUUUUUAUGAGAAUCACCCGAGCUGUUUCCGCUCAAGCCGGUGUUGUAGCAUUCCUGCCACAGUAUUUAUGAUGUUUCAGUUCACAGGAGUAUUGUAUUUCAUUAAAAAUAUCACAUUUCCAUUCAUAAUCACGGUAGAGAAUUGUGGGGGAUGAAUCGUGUCUAAUUAAGGGCAUUACUGCAGUGAAUGUACUGACUUUGUCACUUGUUAUUUUUGAUUGAUUUGUAUGAGGUUGAUGCCCCACUGUUCAAUGCCGUAUUAUCCUGGGUAAGACUGUAUUUACUGACAUGCUAACAGACCAAAUGUGUGGUGUUUUGUUACUGUUUCACAUCAUCUCCAGUGCAAUAAGGAGGUCGAGGCUUCUUUUGUUCAUAAAUUUACUUUGCAAGAAUCCAACAUGAUGAAUAAACAAACUGCAACAGCAA